UAGUUUCCAUGCAUGUGCUGCGUACAUACAAAAAAUAAAGAUAUAUAAGUAUUGGCUGGAGCCAAACUUGUGAUCGGAUCUAUAGUUGAUUUGAUAAUUACAAGAUUUGAAGUCCAGCCUUUUACGUCAGUUAAUUGUGGUCAUUUGCCCGCUAGGAUCACAUGGCAGGUUUUGUAAAUGAAAGCUAAGUAUUGUAUAUAUAUAUAUAUUAAAGAGCACAGCCUCUCAUCUAGCUUCCUAUUUAAUUGAAUGCCAUUUCUCAUCAGUAUUAUCUAUGAAUUGGCUGCAGUAGCCACUGCAAACAAAAUAGUCAAUUAACUACAACAAUGGAGUUUAGCCAUCACCACCAUAACCUGAUUCUGGUUUGCAGUUUCUUUCUGGUGUUUUGUGUUGUUGCUUCUGAAGCAAGUCACCUUAAAAAGCAUUUUUACAAGAAAGAAUGCCCUUACGUGGAAGAAAUCGCCCGGAGCAUAACAUGGCAGCACACCUCCAGUAACCCUCAACUCCCCGCCAAGCUUCUCAGAUUGCACUUCCAUGAUUGCUUUGUCAGGGGAUGCGAUGGAUCCAUAUUAUUGGACUCGACGACGACCAACAAGGCAGAGAAAGCAGCAUUCCCAAACCUGUCUCUCGCAGGUUUCGAGGUCAUCGACGAAAUCAAGGCUGCAAUAGAAGUAGAAUGUCCCGGGGUUGUUUCUUGUGCUGAUAUUGUAGCUUUGGCUGCUAGAGACUCGGUUUCGUAUCAGUUCAAGAAGAAGAUGUGGUCUGUGCCAAUGGGGAGAAGGGAUGGGAGCAUUUCACAAGCAAGCGAGGCCUUAUCUAACCUUCCCUCACCCUCCUCUAACUUCUCCACCCUCGUUCAACGUUUUGCUAGUAAAGGGCUUGGUGUCCAUGACCUAGUCAUUUUAUCCGGUGGUCACACGAUUGGUAUGGGACAUUGCAACCUAUUCAGCAAAAGGCUAUACAACUUCACAGGAAAUGGAGAUCAAGACCCAUCCUUAAGCCCUUCGUAUGCAGACGUGUUAAGAACAAAAUGCAAGAACCUUAACGACACAAGUGCGGUGGAGAUGGAUCCCGGCAGCUCCCAUGAUUUCGAUACCGACUACUUUGUCAUCCUUAAGCAGAAAAUGGGGCUGUUUCAAUCUGACGCAGCCCUCCUUACAGAUUUUCAUGCCAGGAAGAUUGUGGACAAAAUGGUUGAUCAAGAUUUCUUCUUCAAAUCCUUUGCUAAUUCCAUGGAAAAGAUGGGAGCCAUCCAAGUCCUCACUGGGAAUUCUGGGGAAGUUCGCAAGAAUUGCAGAGUUCCCAAUUGUCCUCUGAAAAAGAAUUUUUACAAGAAAGAUUGCCCUCGCGUGGAAGAGAUUGUUCAGAACAUAACAUGGCUGCGCACCUCCGACAACCUUGAACUGGCUGCCAAGUUUCUCAGGAUGCACUUCCAUGAUUGUUUUGUCAGGGGAUGCGAUGGAUCCAUAUUGUUGGACUCAACUCCCACGAACAAAACGGAGAAAGAAGCAAUCCCAAACAGGUCCCUAGCAGGGUAUGAUGUUAUUGACGAAAUUAAGGUUGCUGUAGAAGCUGAAUGCCCUGGAAUUGUUUCUUGUGCUGACAUUUUAGCUUUGAUUGCUCGGGACUCCGUUUCAUUUCAAUUCAAAACACCGAUGUGGUCGGUGUUGAUGGGAAGAAGGGAUGGUAGCAUUUCACAAGAAACUGAGGCCUUGGCAAACCUCCCCUCACCCUUCUCUAACUUUUCCACACUCCUUCAAAAUUUUGCUAGUAAAGGACUUGAUGUUCGUGAUCUUGUUAUUUUGUCAGGUGGUCACACAAUUGGUGUAGGGCAUUGCAACAUAUUCAGCAACAGGCUGUACAACUUCACAGGAAAGGGAGAUCAAGAUCCAUCCUUGAGCCCUUCAUAUGCAGACGUAUUGAGAACAAAAUGCAAGAAUCUUCAAGACACAAGUGCAGUGGAGAUGGACCCUAGCAGCUCCCAAGAUUUCGAUGCUAACUACUUUGUCAUCCUUAAACAAAACAUGGGAAUGUUCGAAUCCGACGCAGCACUUCUGACCGAUGAUAAGGCCAGCAGGAUCGUUGACAAAAUGGUUGAUCAAGAUUUCUUCUUCAAAUCCUUUGCUAAGUCCAUGGAAAAUAUGGGAGCCAUCCAAGUCCUCACUGGAACUUCUGGAGAGGUUAGAAAGAAGGCCUUGGUUCGUGGGUUUCUAUCCCUCCUGAUUGUAUCACUGAGUUAUUGA